ACCUCCUACUGUAAUUUGUAUCAUGGCGACUUCCGGCAUCCAUGACUGUUGACGCUUCGACUCGGAAUAUUCGGAAAUAUGAAUUCUGAAAUAGAGCCUCACAUCACAAAGAAGUAUGAAAUAAAGAAGAGGCUUGGAAAAGGGGCAUAUGGCAUUGUAUGGAAGGCGAUUGACCGUCGCACAGGGGAGGUGGUGGCGGUCAAGAAGAUUUUCGAUGCAUUCAGGAACCAGACAGAUGCUCAGAGGACGUUCCGAGAGAUCAUGUUCCUCCAGGAGUUCGGGGACCAUCCCAACAUCAUUAAGCUCCAUAACGUCAUCAAGGCAGAAAAUGACAAGGAUAUCUAUCUUGUCUUUGAGUUCAUGGAAACUGACCUUCACAAUGUGAUCAAGAGAGGCAACAUUCUGAAGGAUGUUCACAAACGGUACAUCAUGUACCAGCUGUUCAAAUCUACCAAGUAUCUUCACUCAGGCAAUGUGAUCCAUCGAGAUCAGAAGCCUUCCAACAUUCUGCUGGACAGUGAGUGUGUGGUCAAGCUGUGUGACUUUGGUCUUGCACGGUCACUCACACAGAUCGGCAUGGAUGAAACAGGGGACCCCAAUCUGACAGAGUACGUGGCCACACGCUGGUACAGAGCCCCUGAGAUCCUGCUUGCAUCACACAGGUACACCAAGGGUGUGGACAUGUGGAGUCUGGGCUGUAUCCUGGGGGAGAUGUUGAUAAACAAGCCUCUGUUUCCAGGGUCGUCCACCAUCAACCAGAUCGAGAGGAUCAUGGCCUCUAUCCCUGCACCCUCAAGGGGAGACAUCGAGAGCAUCAAGUCCGCCUACGGGUCGUCUGUGUUAGAGAAAGCUGCUAUGAGACCAAAAAGGAGGAUAGAGGACAUGUUGCCAGAAAGCCCGCCAGAGGCCAUUGACCUUGUGCGUCGCCUCUUGCACUUCAACCCCGACAAGCGCAUCACAGCAGAUGAAGCAGUCCGCCACCCAUAUGUAGAAAGAUUUCACAACACGUCAGAAGAGCUGUCGCUUAGUUAUGAUGUGGUCCCUCCACUUAGUGAUGAUGUCCAGCGCUCCGUGGAUGAAUAUCGGAGUAUGCUGUAUGAGAUGAUCAUGCAAAAGAAAGCAGAACGUCGUCGACGCCGACGGGAAGAGUCACGGAGUGCGCAGCAGAGACAACUGCAGCAGCAGCAACAAACAUUGAUGGCCGCUGGAGACUCCAGCAGCAACCUCUCCCCUCCCCACCAGGAUCCCGCUAUGAAGGAAAACGUGUCAGGCCCCUCCCCCAAGUCUGCAUCCAGGGGAGGCCUCGUUGACAACCGACACCACUCCUCCUUCACAAAUGUCGCAUUUGGUCGAACAACAACCCAUGAAGCUCAGCAGAAGGCCCUGAUGAGGCAACGUAGUCUGGACUACCUUAAUGGGCAGCAACACUCUCUCGCCUCCAAUGACCCAUAUCCUCCAAUCCAGCAAAACCAGAAGAACCGCCAAGCAUCAGCCCCAGCAGUGACCCGGGGUCAAGGCCGCCCAAUAUCUGGUGCCUACAGAAACCCUGUGAUAACCCGGGGUGGGGAGGAGCGUCAGGGGUCUGGGGGUGGCGGUGGCGGUGGCGGUUUGACCGUCACAAGCUCACGAAUGGUCCCCGGACAGCGGCCCUCGUCAGCAUCCAACCCCCGCCCCAAGCCUGUGUAUGGACGCAAGCAGUUCAGUAAUGCCGUCAAUAACCCAUCUACAGGAGCACACAAAGCUAGCUUCGGCAGUUACACACAGUCAUUCGGAACCAUAAGUGCCAGUGGGCUGGCAGCCAUUCAGAGUAAAAAGACUUGAGUGUCUGAGACGCUGUGUGUACAUAGAUGGAGCCAGCAGGGAGCCAGAGAUGGAGUCAGUGAGGGAGCAAGCAGGCAAAGGAGUCGACUCAGACUGCAACCUUUGUACAUAGGAAGAUCAUCAUGUUCACUGUGUGUUGUUCAGCAGAGCACCAUCUGAAGCUUACUGAUGCCAGGAUAUCACUUGUAUUUGUACAUAAUGUGGUGAGGCAAGGGGACACCUACUGUCAUGUGUGUGACUAUUUACACUGAAACCUGACCAAACCUCAGUUACACGUCUGACCAGAGACCUGGCUGUGAUCUAAAAUUGGUUCUGUUGCCAAGGAAUUGGUUCGAUUGCCAGGGAACCUUUUUAAACGCAUCAUUCCUUUCGAAAGCAUACCAUGAAAUACAUGUUUUUAUUUAUUCAUUGAUUCAUUUGGUGUUGAGUUGUUUUUAGUCUCAUUAAGUUUUAAGUAAGGUUUACUGUUUUACAAGGAAUAGUGACGUCCUGAUUCCUAGAUAUCUGCAGGGAUGUCACCCUGUCGCCAGUCAUCAUCUGCAUGUGUCACCAACAGGGGCACCACCAGUCACUGUCAGCAUGUUACCAACCGUUGCAACAUUCACAGUCACUGACUAAAAUAUUUAUUCCUGUGUUGCAUUUGAGUCUGAUUACAUUCCAGCUGUACAGAUGAUGAUAGUGUCCUGGACAUGUGCUUGUAUGUCUGUGUAUUGAAUGUGUUGGACCACAAGCCAAUAAUUUGUCUUCGCUGGUGUGAGACAAGGUUUAGGAACAGUAUUACUAUUGUCUUGACUUUUAUUAACAUCUCUCAGGCCGAAAGGCUGAGGGAAGGUAUAUGGAAGCACAUGAUCACAAUAUCUGUAUAUAUAAUGUAUUUUGUGGCUGUGCCCUGUAUGUGAAUUUAAUGGCACGUGCCCACAAAGCACUGUAUGUAUAAUGUAUUAUAUGGCAGUGCCCUGUUUGUCAAUGUAAUGGCAUAUGCCCACAAAGCUCUGUGUAUAUAAUGUAUUUUGUAGCAGGUGCCCCAUAUGUGAAUGUAAUGUAACCUGCCCACAAAGACCAAUGUAUGUCGUUGCAUGGGCCCACAAAGAUCUGUUUAUGUAGUAUAACAAAAAGCACACAUCUAUCGGCCAAACGUGUAAACAAAUGAUUAUAGGUGUGUUGUGUGUCAAGUUAGCGGUACCUGCAAAACCUCAACAACCUUCUUGAGGGCACGGGAUCCUCAGGUGUCUAAGUCACCGUAAUUUGUUGUGCAGAGUUACGUCCCUUUGGCUUGCCAGAAAUCUAUAAUUGUGGGUUCGAAUCCUCAUUUGCCCUGAUUAUGUUUCUAGGUUUGUCAGCACCAUACCUGCGGUCGAGGAUUUUAACAAAGUGAUAAACGUCUGAUACCUGCAUCACUUCAGGCUUUCCUCUGACAUGAGCUGACAUCUGGUGAUAUAACUGGAAUACUGUAAGCAGCGUUAAACCCAAUACGCUCACUCAUUCUACAACCAUGUGAUAACAUUGCUGAACAGGCUCCUGCUCCUGGGGACUAUUGGUCUUAAGCACGGAAGGUGACAGUCAUUCGUCCGAUACAGAAAAGGAAGGCAACUUAUCCAACAGCAUUUUUAAUUUUCCAAAAAACUAAAACAUGUACCACUUUUUUUAUGUAUACUUCAACUGGACGACAACAUCUGACUGUGUUGCAUCACCAUAUAGUAUUUAUGAUGAUGUUCAUGAUAGUGUCAGUCAUAUGAAUCCAAUAGAACCUGGGUACCUGCUAGUUCAGUUUAUUCAAAUCAACAUGGCAUUGGUGAAAUAGAAGAACAAGAACAUAUUGAGCAAGUUUGUUUCAAUAGUAUGUGUCUGGCUGUUUGGCAUUGUGAAUUGGUCAAAUGUUUAACUGAAAGAAACAAACCUAUGGAUGCCAGGGAAUUGGCUGUGGUGAAAAUUAAGUUCAGCCCGUGAAGAGCAAGAACAUAUGGGGAAGGCUACCAGUAAAGGGCCACCUGGUCGGUAUUGACUGGAUUCAUAAUCAACAAUGUCAUCCCUCCAAAAUAACCAAAAUAUUGAACUGAAUAGCUUUGAAACAGAUGAUGUUCUGCCUUGAUGAUGUUCAAUUAAUUGUUCAAUUUAUAACUCCUAAAUUUUGAUCAACCAUGUGGUCCCUUUGCUAGUAGCCUUCUCUAUAUGGAUCAAUUUUUUUACAAAUGUGUCUGGCUUUUUGGCAUUGUGAAGUUGAUAGAAUGUUUAACGGAAAGUAAUGAAAUUCAGGUUGCCAGGCAGCUGUAGAAUAUUUUUAUGCCAUUAGUUAGCGUUGAUGUAGCAUAUCACUUGUCAGUGGAUAAUAUACAGUAUAUAAUGAGUAGAUGCUACCAGACAUUGUUAGGCUGCUUCAUGUAGAGACAUUCACAAAGUAUUAUGGGAGGACAAGAAGGUGGGACAUUCCAAAGAGAAGGGUGAGCUGCAGUACCUAGGCACUUUUUGUUCAAAUAUGUAUGAAGUGUUUGUUAUGUGUGUUCUGUGUGUGCAUCACUGUCCUGGCACUGGUUUGUGUAACCGGUGACUUUCAUGUUACUGCAACCAUUGGUCCAUUGACACUGGAGUAGCAGUGACCUCCAACAUUGAUGUCACGGUGACCAUUGAUGUAGUAGUUGAUGUUACCAUUUACAACCUGGUUGCUGUUGCUGUUACCAUUGACAUCACUGGUUGCUGUUGCUGUUACCAUUGACAUCACUGGUCCAUUGACAUCAGAGUAGCAGUGACCACCAACAUUGAUGUCACGGUGACCAUUGAUGUAGUAGUUGAUGUUACCAUUUACAACCCGGUCGCUGUUGCUGUUACCAUUGACUUCACUGGUUGCUGUUGCUGUUACCAUUGACAUAACUGGUUGCUGUUACCAUUGACAUCACUGGUUGCUGUUGCUGUUACCAUUGACAUCACUGGUUGCUGUUGCUGUUACCAUUGACAUCACUGGUCCAUUGACAUCAGAGUAGCAGUGACUACCAACAUUGAUGUCACGGUGACCAUUGAUGUAGUAGUUGAUGUUACCAUUUACAACCCGGUUGCUGUUGCUGUUACCAUUGACUUCACUGGUUGCUGUUGCUGUUACCAUUGACAUCACUGGUUGCUGUUACCAUUGACAUCACUGGUUGCUGUUGCUGUUACCAUUGACAUCACUGGUUGCUGUUGCUGUUACCAUUGACAUCACUGGUCCAUUGACAUCAGAGUAGCAGUGACCACCAACAUUGGUGUCACGGUGACCAUUGAUGUAGUAGUUGAUGUUACCAUUUACAACCCGGUCGUUGUUGCUGUUACCAUUGACAUCACUGGUUGCUGUUGCUGUUACCAUUGACAUCACUGGUUGCUGUUGCUGUUACCAUUGACAUCACUGGUUGCUGUUGCUGUUACCAUUGAAAUCACUGGUCCAUUGGCACCGGAGUAUCAGUGAACACCAACAUUGAUGUCACUGCCCAUUGACGUAGUUGCUGUUACCAUUGACAUACUGGUCAAUUCACACUUGGUAGCUGUGAACACUGACAUUGCAGUCAUUGUGACCAUUGACAAUGUUAUUACUGUUACUAAUGACCAUGUAUUCUAUGACUUGCUGUCAAUAUUUACACUCGUGUCCUUCACUGAUAGUGUUUUCUGUCAGAACUGGGUGCAGGUUGUCCGAGCCAUGUGUUUUUGUGUAUGACUGUGAUAGAUACCGUCCACUUUUUCAUCAUAUAUAAUAUAUACAUUUUUUGUUAAACAUUUUAGUUGCAUAACAUUGUAAGAUUACGAUUCACAUUUACCAUCGGUACAUGUUAUUUAUGAUCUGGUCUCAUCAAGAAAUAAAAUAAUCAAAGCUGAA